UAAUAAAUAUACACAAUAUUAUAUAAUUAUGAAUAACUUCACAUUAUCGCCGUAACAAUUUAAAUUUUAUUUUACUUCAUUAUUUUAUUUCAUUUCUAUGUUAAGCUAAUAUUUUAUAAUCUUACAACUACCUAAUAACUACCAAACAUUGUAAGUUAAUAUUGGUAUUUGGUUGUGUAUAUACUGUGUCUUUUGCAGGCAAACCCAGGAAGUGGACAGUUGAACAGUUCGAUUAAAUAAAGUUGUGAUGUAUUUAAAUAAUAUCACUUUGCUUCAAUUAAGAGCUCAGUCUAAACAUUCUAAAAUGCAAAUUAAUGUCUAUAAAUUAUCAAUUGAAUUAUGCAAUCUAAUUAAACGCCGAAAUAAAUUUACCAAAUAUAAUACAUUAAAUCAAUGUUAUUGGUUAUCAGUAAGUUAAAUUUAAUCAUUGAGUUAAUAAUCAAUAUUUAACCAUGAAAUGACACGGUGUAAUAUAAACAAUUAACCGGUCCUAUAAUACUAUAAGGUGUUUUCAAAAUUAAACAAAAAAACAUAUAUCAACGUUUGGUGGACAGCCAAAUUAAGCUACCGACCUUCAUUGUUAAAUAAUAAGUAUCCAAUAAUGAUGAAAAGAAAAGAAUUAUUUAUUACAUUUGGGUUUGUUUUGAUGACAAUUUUAAAAGGAGUGAAAAGUGAUAAACUUGUGAUUGACACGGAUGCUGGUGCUGAUGAUGCAAUGGCAAUUUUGCUUCUACUAUCGGCACGUGCCAAUAACGACACGAAUUUCGAUAUUGUGGCGAUUACUUGUACUUAUGGUAACACCAAUUUAAAAAAUGUCGAAAAAAAUGUGCUCAAAACAUUGACAAUCGCAAAUGAAUCAAAAAUUCCAGUUUACUCUGGUGCUUACAAGCCUCUGACCCAUAAUCAUACAUCUGAUAAUUUCUUUGGUAAUGAUGGAUUUGGUGAUUUUGAAUUCAAUCAAAAAAUUAUUGGUAAUAUUGAUAGAUCAAAGCAUGCAGCAGUUGCAUUAAUUGAUUUAGCUUAUAAAUAUCCUGGUGAAUUGAGUAUACUUGUAAUUGGACCAACAACUAAUAUCGCGCUUGCCAUAUCUUUGGAUCCAAAAUUUGUUCAUAAAAUCAAGCGAUUUUAUGUCAUGGGUGGUAGUGUUAUUGGAAUUGGGAAUAGCAGUCCAGGUGUUGAAUUCAAUUUUGGCUCAGAUGCCGAAAGUAAUUUUAUAUUUUUUAAUUCAACUCGAGGAGAAGUUAGUUUAUUACUACCCUGGGAGACAAAUUUAUCAAUUAAUAUAUCAUCGUCAUGGAGAAAAAAUGUACUAGGUGGUAUUAAUUCAAAAUUCCUAAAGUUUUUAAAUAAAGCAGAAUCAAAAACUAAAGAAUCACCAACGUGGGAACCUUGUGAUUCUUUAAUGGCGGCAGCAAUUUUAUGUCCAAAUUUGAUUAAAAAAUCAAUUGUUACAAAUAUAACACCAAUUAUGGAAGGUGAAGCACGUGGUGGAAUACUGAUUGAUUAUUCAGAAAGAUCUCACAAGCCAAAUAAUGUUGAAAUUAUUCAAGACGUUCAUGUUGAAGAAUUUCAAAAAAUUCUUGUGACUUAUUUAUCAUAAAUUUUAAAUAGCAAUAGGUACAGUUUUUUUAUAAACUUAUAAGAUUAUCAAACAUAGAUCUACGGAUUCUAUACUGAAAUAUUAAAAAUAUUAUUACUGAUUAUGAUUAAUCAAUUAUUAAUAUCAAUUAUUGUGAACAUUUACAAUUAAAUAUUUAAAUGUAUCUAGGUAUAAGAAAAUGAAACUAACGCAAUCUGUAUCUUUUACUUAUUGCAACAAACAGUUACAAACUAUUAUAUGUCCUAGUGUAAAUAAUUUCUGAAUUAAAAUAUUUUUAAAAUUUUAAAAAUUAUUAGAAUACGUUAUUUCAUAGCCAAGUUUUAUAAUACGUACACAUUUAAUAAGAAUAACAUGGUGUCGUGCUAUAUGAUAAGCUCUAAUAAUAAAAUUAACACAAUAACACUCAGUGCAUCACGUAAAUCAGACUACCAGAGUUAGUCAAAGUUUAAUCUUUUUCGCUGCACUAUGACCGAUGUGAACCAAAUAAAAAAUAACACAAAAACGUUAACUGAUAAAAUAAACACUUGGUGAAUAUUUUAAUUAUCUACGGUUAUUUGUUUUUUUGUUAUAAGAAAAUAAAGAAAUACAUUUUUUAAAAA